UCUGGCUGGGAACGUCGUGGUCGCGGUCGUGGUGACUCAGUUGAUCAAAAGUGUUUCGUGAUGAAUGUCGGUCCAGAAGAAUAAGCUUUCAACAUGACUGCCAAUCGAGGAACAGCGGCCCCGGAUGGCGGAUUUGGAUGGGUUGUCGUAGCAGGAUGUGCGAUCAUAAAUGUAUUCAAUCAAUCUUUGAUUUCGGUUUUCGGUCUGAUGUUCGCUGAUUAUUUAAAUACUCUCGGAGAGAAUGCGUUCGGUGCAGCAUUGGUGAUGAAUAUUUGCAACGUUUCUUUGAAUUUUUCAGGUUUGUUUACGGGACCUAUUAUCAAAAAGUUCAAUGCCCGGAAGGCGUCUAUAUUGGGAAGCUUACUGACCGGUGGCGCACUGGCGGCAUGUUCUUAUGCCACCAGCAUGUGGCAGAUCAUUUUAUCGUACGGUGUAGUGUUUGGAUUCGGACUCGGGUUGAUACAGUCAUCCACAUUCGUAGCCAUUAACUCGUAUUUUCGAUACAGCAAGGGAAAAGCAGUUGGAUUGGCACUUGCCGGUACGGGUGCGGGUCAAAUUCUUAUGCCACUAUUGGUACAGUUUCUGCUAGAUAAUUACGAUUUUCGAGGAGCGACUUUAAUCAUUGGAGGAUUGGCUUUCAACGGUGUAGUUGGAGCAUCACUUCUGCAACCGGUUGAGUGGCACGUAAAACAGGCCAGCGAAAAUGUUGCUGAAAAUCAACCUCUUUUGGCAAGCCCUCGCAAUUCACCAAACGACUGCAAAAAGCAGGAUAGUGGAUGGUCAAAACUGGCCGCCUUAAUGGACGUCGCAAUUCUGAAGAACGUUUCAUUCCUGAAUCUUAUCAUUGGUUUAGGAUUGGCCUAUACAGCCUCUAUCAAUUUCUCACUAUUUUUUCCAUAUUUUUUGCAGAAAACAGCUCAGCUCAAUAUGGUGCAUGCGGCCUAUUGCAUGACGAUCCUUUCCACAACUGAUCUUUUGACACGUGUAACGGUUCCAGCAUUUGUUGAUAAGAUGAAGUUUACCCACCGGAAUACGUUCCUCAUGGCUGGCUUAUGCCUCGUUAUAGCCCGAUCGGUGAUGGCUGAAAUGCGAAAUCUCAUAGCACUGAUGAUUACGUCGGCCUUCUAUGGGAUAUUCCGAUCGAUAACGAUCGUCAAUCAGAAUCUAACCAUAGCGGAGUAUUGUGGAGAAAAUGGAUUGGAAUCGAUGCUGCCUAAUGCGCUAGGUUUCAAUAUGAUCACCAAGGGUGUUCUGGUUCUUAGCCUGGGUCAACUUUUAGGGUGGUUUGCCGAUUUCACCGGAAGUUAUUCACUUAAUUUACAUGCGCAGAAUCUUCUACUCGUGUCGACGUGCAUUCUCUGGCUUUGUGAGAUGUUCUUCAAACAUAAAGAUACCGACAAAUUUGCUGACAAUAAACCUGUGGCUCAUGCAUACACUCGAGUUUAG